AUGGCAUCUGCUUUACAGAAGGCUCAAACGCAUGAUGACCGAGCGCAUGGAUCUCGCAAAGUGAAAGUCACCAUUUUGGGAUCUGAAUGGGGACCAAGUAAUGGGGGGCUUUCCACCAUAAACAGAGAAUUAGCCAUUCAGUUAGCCAAGUGCCCUGAAGUGGAAAUCACUUUCUUUUUACCAAAAUGUAGUCAAGAGGAUAAAAAAGUAGCCCUAGAUCACAAAGUAGAGAUCGUAGAGGCAACGCCUAUGCCUGGCUUUGAAAAACUGGAUUGGCUUUGCUUUCCGCCGAAAGAUUUGCAAAUCGACAUUAUCGUAGGUCAUGGAGUUAAACUCGGUAAACAAGCACAAGUCAUUAAAGACCUUAAAACGUGCAAAUGGUUCCAAGUGGUACACACAGACCCUGAGGAGCUUGGGAUGUUUAAAAACUUUUCUAAUCCAAUUUCGGAGGGGGAAGAAAAACACAAGACCGAAGUAGAACUGUGUAAAAUUGCUGACCAUGUUGUAGGAGUUGGUCCCAAGUUGAGCGACGCCUUUCGCUCAUAUCUUCGUGGCUGUAAAAAAGGUGACCAUGUUCUUGACUUCACUCCUGGGGUAUUUGAAGAGUUUGUGGCUGUAAAUCAGGAUCCUAAUGAGAGGCAGCAACGCAGUGUCCUGGUGUUUGGUCGUGGAGACGUAGACGAUUUCGAAUUAAAAGGGUUUGACAUUGCUGGGAAAGCGAUUGCCGCCUUACAAGAUACUCGUCUUAUGUUUGUUGGGGCAUCGGAUGGAAAACACGAAGAAAUAGCAAAGCGGUUAAUCGAUUGUGGCGUUCCUGCAAGUCGACUGAGAGUAAGAGGAUUUGCUCAAGAUCGAGAGAGUUUGAAGCGCUUAUUCCAAGAAGUGGAUCUUGCAGUCAUGCCUUCGCGAACAGAGGGCUUUGGACUAACAGGACUCGAGGCAAUGUCAGCUGGUCUCCCUGUGCUCGUCAGUCGCAAUUCUGGUUUUGGAGAAGCACUGCGCAGUGCAGCUUUUGGUUCAUCAUUUGUAAUUGACUCAGAGGACCCAGCAGUGUGGACCGUAGCCAUCCAGAAUAUCUUGUCCAAGGACAGGGAAUGUCGACUUGAGGAAGCGGUGACCUUGCGUGAUUCCUAUGGCAGGAAAUACAACUGGAUUAAACAGAUAAAAGAGUUAGUUGACAGGAUGAUCAGCCUGACUCAUGGUAGGAAUGUCAAUUAUAUUUUCUUCAGUGGCACAUUAUCAGGCAACAAUAGGGAGAAAAAUGAAAAGAAACAGAAAUAGGAUUGCUAACGAGUUUUGCCCUGAAGUCUUGAUAAAAACGUUCUUGAAUACCUAUUUGAACCUUCUGCUGAAAACAGCAAAACUGUAACGUUUGUAAUUUUUCAGGUACAUUGUUUUCAGCGGAAUGGUUUGUGGAGAGCUGUCGUCAUACCCUUCAGUCAUAGGCUUUAUCUGCAGCACUUCACAUAUAUGCUUUUAGUUAUGUUUUCUCCAUUUUGUAGCAACAGAAGAUUCUCGUAAGGCCCGGAGCUCGUUCGAAACAAAGUGCAACGCCUCUCAGAGGAUAGAAAGCAUGACUGAGGACCAUGAAGGUAUCUUGGUAGAAAGCAUGCGUAGAAAUCAUUUCUUUCUGUUUUUAACCAAGUGGGAGAAGCGCGGGAGGCGCGCGAGAGCGAGCAAAAAGUAGGGACGGGAAGAGAAAUAAAACGUCGGCCGCUGAGCUUCUAUCCCAGGAAUACACAACCUAAUAUAUUAUGCACAACAAAUGUCCGCCCCGGAGAGGAAUGUGCACACCUGGAAUUGACUAAGUUAAGUUGAUUACGUUUCAAAGAGAUUAUAAAUGUAACCACUGAGCUUGUUUUUGCAGAACCUUCUACAGAAAUUGACAUCAACCAAAGAACAAACUCUUAUCACAACGAGCAGCUUGUUUCAGAAACGUCCCUUAGCAGUGACUGUGAAAUGAAAGCUGAAGCUGCAUCAGGAAAUCCGACUAAAAUAUCCACGAAUACAGACUCUCAGUCUCAUAAUAGCCGUAAGCGUAAAAUGUCAGAAUUCUCUUGUAAUCCAGGUAUGCAAAAACAUGAGUUGUUUCUUUUGCUAUUGCUGACUAGUGCACUACUAUACCUAAAGGGGAGAAGUGAUUGUUAGAGUAUUCAAAGGUACUUUUUCCUACAGGACUGGAUACCGUUUUUGCUCGUACUAUAGACGUGUAUUAUUAAGAACAGUAAAACUUAUGUAGCCCCGAUACCAAUGGACGCUUGAUGGGCGUCAUUUUCAUCAGCGGUUAAAAAAACGUUUUUGAAUAAAUAUUUAAAUAUAUUAAAGAUAUAAAAUUAUGUCGAACACUAAAAUUAGAAAAAUUACUUUGCUUACUAAAACUGUACUUACUGCACGAAACUUCCUAAAAACGAGUAAAAACGUUACAUCAAAUUACAUAAAAGCAUUCUGGAAUGAAAAUGUCUCGAGUGCCUUCUUAAAAAUCAGGGGCACCCAACGACUGUUUUCUAUAAAAUAUCUGUUCGGAGAAGUAAAUAUUACCUAGAAUUUUCUAUUGUUUGAAUACGGCUAAUAAUUUCUAGAUGAGCGGUCCAUUCAGGUACAAACUAUUUUCGAAGCUUAUUUACAGAAUUCCCUACGAUUUCCUGAGGUUUCAUUUUUUCACAUUUUACUCCUUAUGUUAGGCUAAUUUACGUGUGUAUGUUAGGUUAAUUUACGUGUGUAUUUUCAUGGUGAGAGAGAGAAAUGAAAAAUUAUUACUUUCUUAAACGUUCAAUUACAUCUAAACUUUUCGGGAAAAUAACGCUGUUGCCCUUGAAAUUUCGAAAAGCCUCAAAUUCCCAUAGGAUGACCAAACAGAUAUAAACUUAAUAGCGCCACUUAGAAUACGUUUCUAGAAAUCUAAAAGUACUCUGGAUAGCCUAAAAAGGCUUUUCAAUGUAUUUAGUAGGAAACCGUCGUUGGUUCCCCCUGAAAAAUUUCAAUUGAGGGGCUUCUCUAUACCACAAAAGGAAACAAAUUCCAAAGUUUAGGAGCAGCGACAGCAAAAUAGUGAUCUCCUAAAGUGGUUUAAGUCCUGAAUUCUCCGCUAUGCCAUUAAAAGUAGCUUAGUGACAAAUAUUUCAAAAAUAUAUGCGAACAAAAUUCCCAAUUUUGCAAAUUGUAUCUUUCAUCGAAUUGCUAUAAACAGUAUCAUUUCCUAGACAUUCAAGUAUGUGUCUAAUAUUGUGAAUCCGUGAUAUCGCCCUAAAGUUCCUUUGUGGGGGCUUGGAUGAGUUUUUUAAUGCUCUUUGGCUAUGGUGAAAUUGCUUGAGUAGACAUUUUGUAAUGAUGAAUACCUUGACAAGAGCCGUCUCUUAAUGCAGGUACUUCAAGUGAGGAUAGCGGAAUCUUUUUUAAGGAGCAUAUGCCCUCCAAGAUAGCUAGUCAUGAACGUGCAUCGUCCGUGGGAAAGGAACCUCUUAACAGCUGGAGUAUGCAAAACAUUGCAGGAUCAACUUCUAGUAUAGGUAAAUUGAACAAGCUAAUUAUUUUGAUAGGUUGGUAGUUGUUGGUGCAGUAGUAAUGAAGGUUCAGGAAUAGUGUUUUUCUUAAAAGAUGGCCCACCUUGAUAUUAAGGGGCAAAAACUUCAAAGUUUUAGCAUGUAACAAUGAUAUUAAAAAAGCAGUCACCCCGUCGAACCCCGCUUUACGGAUGCCUUGUUAUUACGGACACUUUCCUUUGUCCCUGGGUAAAGCGCUUACAUUUUCUCUAAAUUCUCUUAAUACACGGACACCCAUUAAUGCGGAUAACGGACACUUGUUUCUUGCCCAAUUAAUAGAUUCUCAUGAAAUAUCAACCAACAAUCGGCGACAAACUGUUGAGACAUUUUACUCUAAUAGGUUAACUUCAGGGAACAAAAGAAUCCACACCCCUCCCCUGUCUCCUCCAUUCAAAGUUGGGGUGUUUGUUGUUUUCUACAUCGGCACAACAUUGCAUGCAGGGGAUGGGAGGAGGAAAAGCUAUAUUUCCCCCUUUUGAAGUCAGUAAAGGGCAAAAAAGCCCAGUUUAGGGCGAAGUGGCUCAACUAAUUUUGUCGCCGAUUGUCUGAAUCACUGUUUUUCCAUUAGCAGAGUUUAAGAGACGAUAACUAGUUGAGAUUACUAUAUUCACCGGGUCUUUUUUAACAAGAUAGAUAGGAUACCCUUUUGAUCUCGUUGCUGUGUUUUUCGAAGGAGAUUUAGUUUUGCCAAUCUUUGUACUCGGUAGUGUUUUCAGUAAUUACGCAGUAUACCCAGGUACCGAACGAUUGAUUUUCCUCUGGCAUGGUCGUCAGGAGUAGAGUACAGAUAAUACAUUGUUUGUGAAUAUCUCCCCUAGUAAGUUCGAAGUGUUUAUUCGAAGUUUGGCUAUUCAAUAAGGGUGUGAUCGACGAUAAAAUACCCAUGAUUGCCAUGCGCUGGAGAAUUUCAGGAAAAACUGUACCGGCUUCUAACGCACAGUAAAUCUGCAUAGCGUCGCUUCAUCUGUGCCGUAGAUUAGAUGCCCAUAUACUUAUAAGAGUUUUGAAGAAUUAGACUGCAAAAAAGUCCGUAUUUUUGCGUACCUUAAAUCCUCUAAUAANCUUCAUCUGUGCCGUAGAUUAGAUGCCCAUAUACUUAUAAGAGUUUUGAAGAAUUAGACUGCAAAAAAGUCCGUAUUUUUGCGUACCUUAAAUCCUCUAAUAAGCCCCCCCUUUUCAGAGGAGGAAAGUUAAUAAGCCCCCCCCCUCUCCCCCUCCCCCAAUCCUUAUUCUUCACAAAAAAAUUAACCAUUAACGUGAACUGAUCAGUUAUGGUUUAUUCAGGCUGGAAGUUCAUAUUGUUUGUGGUCUUCGGCCGCAUGACCUCCAACUUCAUAUGCUUAACUUUCUCAACGUUGCGCUCUAGUUCUCUGUGGAGAAUUGUCACCAUUUUCUUAUCGUUAGACAAAGCAGUAUACCGCCCGGGAACCACAAGUCCGUCCUCGAGAAACAUUGCUCCUUAAAUAAGCCCCCCCUCUCUAUUAAGCCACCCCUCAAAGUGCUUGAAAAAAAUAAGCCCCCUGGGGGCUUAAUAGAGGAUUUAGGGAUUCAAGUACGCGCGAGCAGUCAAACAAAAGGUCUGGAACGAGGCUGAAAAUAACCCCGUUAAUACAGACUUCUUAUAUGGCCCCUGCAGUGUCUGACAGGGUUUGACUGUAUUAAAAAGACGAAAAUCGUCACGACCAAUGUCAUAACAUUGUAAUGACGUCAUGACCAAACUGUACUGGAUGGACAUCGUAUUUCUCGUAGUCUCCCGCGAAGGCGUUCUCUCUCUGGUCACUUGACGCUCAUUUCCAAAGAAACGGCUAAUCAUAUUGAAACAACAUUCAUUCAUUUUUUUCAGCAAAUUGAGAGUGACGUUAGUUUAUCUGUGGUUGUGUUGAGGUGACAGGCAGGGCGAAAUUGAACAUAAACAGUUUGCUGUCGCUUACAGCUAUGGAGUGGUAGAACAUUAGUAAUAAUCUGUGAACGUGUUUGUUGUCACAUGCACUACCCCACACAGCUUACUGGAAACUAGUCGAAAAUGACACUGUGUAUCCUCAUUGAAAUACAUUUACUUCUCUUUGCCUUACCUUGAGAGUACUUAAGACAUGCAACUUUCAUUACUAUAAGCCAAAGCUCGAAAUAUGGACGUCGUCUUUGAGAAAACUUCGUCACAAGGAUUUUUAUGGGUUGUUUCUGUAACCUACGCAUACGACGAAGUUUACCCAUCAUGCAAGGGUUUAUUAGUACCGGUUUGCUCUAUCAAAGGAUAUAAGGAGAUAGAAGGCCUGUACCACCUCAAUUCUUGGGUUGGGUAUCGUCUCUAUGUUUCGUAUCAACGUGAGGAGCAAUAGCUAACAUUUUUGUCUAUUUCAAGUGCUUUGUCGAAAAUGAAAUUCGGAGAAAAUACGAAUGAAUGAUGGGACACUUACAUGUACAAGUAAACUGGAAAUUUGAGAAUAAAAGGAUAAGUGUAGACUGUUCACAGUUCCCUAUUUUUCCGUAAGAUCGUCGUACCUUUCCCUAAAUUUUUCCCAAUUCCCAAUUCCCAAUUUUUCCAAUUCCUUUUCCCAAUCCCCUAUUGUCGAGAUCGACCGCUUUGCGUUACUGGCGGCCAUCUUGGUUUCAAAUGUUCUAAAUCUAGCCUGGUGAUGAGUGUCAAAUCUACUUACGGGGCGGGGGACGGUUUUGUACAUGGAACCAAGAUGGCCGACCGAAGCGGUAAGCGCUCGAUCUUGACGGUCCCACGAAAAAAUAGGGGACUGUGAGCAGUCUAGGAUAAGCGCUUUCGAAUUUCCAUUUCAUUACCUUGUGCGUUUCAAAGACCUUAAAACUUUUAGGCCAUGCAUAUAAAACAAUGAUUAAUAUGUAGAACGGCGAUUUUAUAAAAGGACUUUAACUGGCGGUCUUUUCACAGUAUUACUCAGUAGAGAUUAUGAAUUGUAAGGGAAGCGCUGCCAGUAGGUACAUGAUAACGUAUGAAUUUAUUAUGAAUUGUUAUAUUCCUAGACUUUCACUCAACUAAACAGGGACUGCCAUUGGUUGAUUCUUAGUCACGUGGCCUUAACUAAAAUCAAAUGUAUCCCGAUCGUGAUACAUUAAGCAAUGUACCCCGCUCGGGAUACAUUGCAGCACGUAAUCAAAGCAUGGCGGAAAGUGGCGUGACAAAAGCGGGAAAAAUACUGCCAGGUCCUGCCAGUUUUCUUUUUCGUGAAUGAACACAACAACACAAACACGAAGCCUCAAGCUAAAAAGCAACGAUUUUUAAAGUUAUCCAAGAAGUUCCCAGAAGAAAACAGCAGCUAGUGGAGGAAAAUGAUGCAGAUAAUGUAAGGAAAGUACUUUGUAAAUCAUUCAUUCAGUGGUUUUGAGUAAAUUUGUGUUGCUAUAUAAGUACCGAGUCGACUGUUUUCGACUGCAGACCACUAUCAGAAAACUAAUAACGUGGGCUCAGGUUCGCUCAGGUACACGAUCUGGCAUUUUCCACUACAUACCGAACGGAUAUGUCUUACUCACACUCGUAGUCUGUUAAUUCGAAUAUUCGCCGUUCUAAUGAAGGUUAAUUGACAGCUGUCAAACUAGAGAAAACGCUGACCAUCUUCACCUGAGUGUAUCGCGGGCUCAUUUUCAUAUUCGUUGAGGUCACGUAGUGUUUAAAGUUUUGCGCUGAUAUUGUAUUUGAUCAUGGGCUCAAUUCGAAGCCCCAUAGCUUAGAAAAAAAUUCGGCAAUCACGUGACCGUACACCGACCACCCGACCUUCCGUCCGUCCGCACCACAGGCAUACUAAUGUUUAAUCUCACACUUUCUAGCUAGUUUGGGAGCCUGCAACCUGAUAUUGUACAUCCAUGUUUUGAUUAAUUGACAGCUGUCAAAAUAGUGUUUCUGCUGACCAGUAUCGCCUGACCGUAUUGCGGGCUCAGGUAUCGACCCACUGAGUUCGAGUGUUUUUUUGAAGGUAUCCGCUGACAAGUUCAUACUUUUCAAAUGAUCACUGGCUCAAGUUCAAUUUUUUUUUAAAUGCAUAUGAAAUAAGUCGUGUUCAUGAGCAGCACUUUUAAAAUGUUGUUUUCGAACUGACCUCGGACGCGAAAAUUCAACCGGCUUUUACAUUUACAUGCGGGGAAGGCAAUCGCUUUUGACUUUUCUCACUGUCACACGUUGAUCACGCUCUACGUCCAAUUCUUAUGUUCUGAUUGGUCAAAAUUUGACAGGUGAGUUCAUGCGAAAAAUCUAUGCAGCGUCUGGAAACUUGCUUACUGAUAGCUGGAGCUGACAGAGUUUUGUGUCAUCUUGUGAUGUUUUAAACUGUCUUUUUCUACUUGGUGUACAAAAUGAAAUACAGCUGCUAUCAAGAUUGUUCUGUAAUUCAUGGCUGGUUUGUUUAUUGCGCUUUUUGUUGACAAAUGCACCGCUUGUCAAAGUCAUUGGAAGUUCGGAUGGCAUCGUUUUCAAAAAUGAGCUUACUCACUUGCCCUUGCUUGAGGCGUAAGAGGGUUGAAAAGUCUCAAGCGAUUCUGGAACACUUGAUGACCUUCAGAAGCAGCAUCUCGACUGGUAAGCCUGAGCAAUUAUUGUCUUUGAUGUGGUUUUUUUUUUUCGGUUUUUUGAAGUCGAGCGUAUGGUUUAUGCGUCUUAAGUUUAUACACGGGCAAUGAUCUAACCUACCAUAGUAUCAGGUUUAAAAAGCGUUUAGACAUUUUUUGACCGCAAAUUCAAAGAAAAGGUUCCGACGAUUAUUUAGUUAUGAUUUUGGCUGUAAAUCGAAAGCUCCGAGCGAUUUUCUUGCCUCGAGUUCAUCUUGAAAAAAAGCAAACACCAGGAGCCGGCUUAAAACAUAAAUAAGCUUAUGCUUACCUGACUCACCAUUUUCAGAGACACUUUACUCUCAAUACUUCUCUUCGUGAAUGAAAAUUAUUGUCUUUGUACAUGUUUCACCGAAUUAUAUUUAUUUUAUUGAUUGUUAGUAGUCCCUCUCGCAAUUUUUGUCGCUGCACCGGUUGUUUCCAGUCAAACAUAAACAUCGCAUGCAGGAAUACUCAAAACGCCGCGCGUAAAUAUCACUCGCUGAUUACACAUAACAAAACCAUACACAGUUUAAUAAAUAAGGGAAAAUAAAACCUAAACAUAACAAUUUCUCUAUCAUGUUGAAGCGUAAAUGGUAACUCCAUUAGUCACACUGCAAAUUUGGUGCCUGUCAAAAGUGAGAACCCAUCCGGCUGGCCGAAAAGUGAUUUUGGGAAUUUUUUUUAUCGUUUUCAUUAAAAGCCCGUAAUUAUUACCCUGCAUAUCACAUAGGACCAGAUUUUUCUAACUGAAAAGUCCCGGCAUUAUCUGAGAAUUCUCUUCAUGAAAAAGUUUUAUAAUUCAAUGCUAUAAUUUGUUGUUCAAAGGAAGCGCGUGCUUCGAUCGUCGUGGAUAUUGAAUGAGUGCAAAUUAUCUUGCAAAAUUGUGAAAAACUGCAGAAUUAUAGGUUUAAAUAGGGCAAAAAAGAACAAAUUCUGUCCGAGGUCUGUAUGAUAAAAAAAGGGCCUCAGAGUACUGUUUACCUGAGACGUGAUGAGAAAAAGAAUGUUUAAAAGGCUGGUUUACACGCCGCCAGAUUCGUCGCCAAGAUUUACUAGUAAACUAAACUUGUCGAACACCAAAAAACCCGGCAUAAUUUUUUAUUUUGGCCUCUGUUUUUGACAGAGGAAUGCAACGUGUAAAUUGGCUGCCACCAAGGACUAUCGUGGCGCGUGUGUUUCUUAAAAUUAUAUUUCGGGGUUGCCCAAUUAUCCAUAGUGUCUCUAACGGAGCAAUGUUGGAGAGACUAGUGAAUGCCACGUUAUGAUGCAACAGCUAAUGCAAGUACAAUACACCAAUUGGUCUAUUUGUUUUCCAGGCCUAAUCUACUGUGAUCGAACAUGAUUGCUAUUUUUGGGUGUACAAAUAAGACCAUUUAAUAACUCGAUGUAAAAAUUGUUUCACUCUUGGACUGUCAAAUUAUUUUGCUCUAAAAUAACUUAGCCUUUGCCUCCAAAGUCAAAUGAAUGUGCCCUGAUCCGUGGAUUACAAGUUUAUUGUUUGAUUUAAAUUAUGAAUUUAUUAUUAACGGGAGCUUCGCUUUUAGCCCUGGCUAAAUCUCUAUAUUAUUGUAUUAGUAAAUCUAUUGAGUUCUUCACGAUUUGCACCUCGCUAACCAUACUCUUAAUAAUCGGCAGUUUCGUACGUCUGCAUCUACUAAAUGGAAUCACCUACAAGUCCUUUGUGAUUUUUUGCUCGGAAAACAAACAAUUAUUACUUCUAACAGAAAUGAAAACAAGAAAACCUUCAGUUACUGCAAAGAGUGAAUGCACUUAAGAAUACAAGUCAUAGUUAGUUUUUUACGAUUGCACCACAAGAAUUAUUUGUAGUUGUACCGUACUCUCGAUAAAUCAAGGUAACACAUUGUGCAGAUAAUUCUGGGACUCUGUCUGCAUCUCUACCCGUGUCUGUUCUAAUGACUGUCUCUCAAGGAGCAUCAAGAAAAGGUCAAUCUACCGUCCUUCGGCUCAAAGAAACUGAUCUUCAGUGUAAGCGAUCCAUUACUCUGAGCACAAAACAAGUGUUAUGAAGUAGUUGGUUUUAGUUUGGUUGGAAAAUUUGUAUUCUUAAGGUUUUUCAUAUGCAUAGGGUAUCCGAAUGAUUAUUUUGUAGUUCGUGCUAGUUUCUAGCCUGCGAACAUCAGACUCAUUUGCGGUCGUCGCUUCUCUCCCUCCGAAAAAUAGCGUCUGCGAACCCGAGCGGCAAAACGAUUUCCGUGACGUAAAACGUUUUAGCCAAUCACAUUUUAGCUCUUAAAAUCAAGGAACUAACUCGCGAGACUUAGAUAGUGGGGAAGACGCGAAAGAAAAAGGCACGCGAAAAGUUUUAUUUUCGUGUUUGCGCUCUCUCAAUUCAGCGGACCCGACUAUCUCGGAGCCUGGAACAGGGUAGCGGUGGAGAAGUUUACAAGUCGAAAUUGAAAAGCUUUGAAAGGACGACGUAGCUUGUGUAUAGCCGCCCUUUUUUCUCAAAACGAGGCGUUUGCGAAAGUUAAUUUGCCAGGAUUGUGGGACUGAUUGAUGAAAUAAGCAUCAAGAGGAUUCAUAUUGAAGAAAAGAUUAGAGGACACUUUUUAUCUAUUUGCCAACGGAGUCAAUGAUUUAUCACACCUAGAUGGUCAUAUUUGAAACGAUAAAAGUCCUAAUGACAGUAGACGCAUCAUGCCGUUUGUUGCUUCUGUUCCUUUCUGGUUCCUGGCAGGAAAGUAUGCUUUGGAGAACUCUUCGAUAGUUUCUCGAGUGCCGCUUUAGAUAUUUUUUUAGUAGAUAUCCUUUAUCUUUGAAAGCUAAGAAGUGUAGUAAUUGAUUUCCCAUGCCUGGUUGCUUCUUGGUUCAGACAGAACUUUGAUCGGAUCGAAAGCAUUUUAUAUUUGUUCUUAUAUUUCUUUAAGUACAUGUUCUUUUCAUGGUUUUAAUUUCCAUAGUUUUUUGUAAGAUGAGUCGAAGCGUCGUAGCUGCAAUGUGAUCUUGACUAUGAUCAAUUUACUGCGGUAACUAUUUAUUUCACACUGGGUCUGGCCAAAAUUUAUAAUAUUUCAGAUCAUUGUGUUGUGGCGGUACCAGAAUUAUUAACGAGCGAUUGUCAGAAAUUUCUGAAUCAGUCAAGGAUGUGUCUGUAUAAUUGAUUCACCACCUUUUGUCAGCGCUGGUUAAAUUGAAAUAAAUAAGUCUGAGCGCGAUGCCAUUAAAGGAGCCGUGUCACAUGCAUUGCGCAUGCUCGAUUCUUUGAAAAGUGUUCAGCCCAACAAGAAAUCAAACUGACGCGAAUCCUCACAAAUCAAGUGAAAAUCUGUUUCCAUCGUCGCUAAUCGGUGUUCGUUUUGUAUUUUAUCUAUAUAUUUAAAUUAUUUAGACAUAAGGCUUUCGUGUUACAGUAAUUUUUUGGAGAAUUGUGGAAAUCCUAAGCGCUAUUUAGCGCUCCAAGCGAAGGAUGUCGGCUCGAGGCGGUAAACGCUACGGCAGUGGCCGUAGGCUCUUGUCACCUGGAAGCUUUGUUAAGAGCAUAGAGAAGAGAUCUGACUCUCGGAGUUCGUGGCUCAAGUCCCAUGGAAGGAUUUACGUCCGCCGUGACAUUCUGGACACAUUUAAAAAGCUGAAAGCCCAGUGUGUCUUCUCCACCGACACUGCUUUCUUGCAGCAUUUGUUGUCGUUUGAGAUGCGAAGGCAACAAAGGUGAGAAAAUAAGACUUCUACAUUAAUAUUGCUUUUUAGUCGAAGCUGCAACGUCGAAUCUAACUACCUGUUAAAUAUUACUUUAUUUUAACAGUUUAAAAGCCAAGCAAGCCAUGAAGAAGAGUACGGAAGAGUCAAGUGCAGUACAACAACCCCUAGCAGGUAACUAGAUGCACGAGAUCGAUCUGGAAUCCCUGUUCAGGGACUUCUUUUUUAUGUGAGCAGUGCAUGUGGCCGGAACAUUUAAUGGACACAGUCCAUCGGGAUUAAUUCUGUUUUCAUUGAAAUAAAAGUUAUAAUAUGUUGUAUAUUGUUUUGCAGAUGAUUCUAAUUUGCACACCUCGACCCCUGUGAAAAGAGGCAAGUAUGACGGUUCUGUCAUUGCUCCACCAGUGGAAAGUCCAGUUGCUGGAAUGGCUUGUGACAAUAGGUAGGUGGUCAUUUCGGUAUUGAUUUUCUGUUUCCAUAAUUAUUUCACAUAUCUGUCUCGGACAUAACGGUGAAGGAGCAAUUUGAAGUUCUUCCUGUGAUAAAAAUUUUAGAUGCAUCAGGUUUUCAUUGAGUGAAUGUCUGAACGUUCAAUAAAUCAUGAUGGAUGAGGAAGGUUGAAGUAUGCCGGGAGAUUACGUUAAUAGUUUUGUAUUAAAACCAUAGAGCACCCAGCCUUGAAAUAUGUUUUAGGUUGUGCUUUUCUUGUCAACUUUUUUCUCAUCAAUUGAACCAAACCAUCAAUGGGUUAGCUGUGUUGUCAUUUCCAUAUUCUUACCAAAAUUUCUGCUGUUAUUUACAACUCAUGCUUUUUGCCUGUGGGUUUUCAAUGCUUCCUAUUUAUCAGUGAACUCAAGUAGUUUACUUUGUAUUUUCUAAACAUACUAAACUAUUUUCCUUGUAUUCUAGCUGAUGCCUUUAGACAGAUAUUCCACUCACUUGAUGUCUGGCAUAAGUCAAAAGGAAUCCGGAAGUGUCUUUCAAAUGUGAGUUAGAGUUGAUAUUAUAUUAAUUUUACAGUGGCCACAAAGAACAAAUUUAGUGUAAUUCUUUCUAAUAUGUGACUCUGUCCCAUGUAUUGGUAAGACUCUUUCCUAUAAAUAGAACAUAAACAUACAUUGUGUUGUCACUUGUAAAUAUGCCCAUGUAGUAUACUUCACUGUUGUAUAUUUCCAGGAUAAUCAAAUCAUAUCUUUAACCAAUGGGCCAGGAAUGGACUAAGAAAUGUUGUUAACAUAAUCUGUAGAGAAUUAAAUGCUCAAAGUUUGACAAUGAUGAUUGGACUGUCAAUGUAGGUUUAUUUUUUUGAGUCGUUGCAUUUAUCUCUGCCAGAGAAAAAAAUUUAAGGCUUGUUAUUGAUCUUCUGUAGGUGGGAAGUGCAAAGGGGAUGGAAAAAGUGGCCCUUUGGUCUGACCACAUUGUUAGACACUUUUGGCACUGUUGCAGUCUGGCAUCUGAAGUGGAAGGCAAUGAGCUAGAAGCUCUGAAGAUAUUGAAGGUAAUUCCAAUUUAUCAUCUUUUUUAAAGUAAUUAAUAACAGGGCUGUCAGUAAGAGGUGAUGGGUCUAUGUGGCCCCCAGCUACACUCAAAGGAAAAUAGAAGAAAAAUGGAACCAAACGAAACCCCCCGUUGUUUGAUUCUCUGCCUACUUAUUUUAUGUACCCAGCAACUUGAAAUCUUAGUGACAGGUCUGAAUUUUUUUUUUCUGAGACUUUUUUGAAAAUUAUCACAUUAUAUUAUAUCAGGCUGUAAACACUUUGUUUCUUCACAAUGUUUUAGGGUCUGUUUACAUGGAGGUGGGGGACCUCGGAUAGGUGAGGUAAAAUGUGGUGGGUCACCCCAUCUAUCAAAUUAAAAUGAGAUAUUAUAUGGACAAGCGGGAUACUCCACCAAAGCGGGUUACCUCACCUACCUGGGGUUCCCUACCUCCAUGUAAACAGACACUAUGUCAUUAUCAUCUUGUUAUAUCUGUUUCAAUGAAAUUUUACUAUUAUGAAAUCAGGAUACCUGGAUCUCACUAUUACACCAUGUGUGCAAUCAACAUGAGUGGGCUGAUGGCCAUUGUGACCACAAGCCAAUCACUGAGGAAAACCACCAGCUUCCAUGGUUUGACAGGAGAUCCAAAGAGUUUGAGGCACUGCAAAAAAUUAUCCUGGAUCCUGACCUUCUUGAAAGUUUCAAGUACUACACCAGAUUCAGGUAUAUAAGGGGAACCCUGUUUUCAUAAGAAAUACUAAAUAUAUAUCUUAUUUCAAUACGUUGGUUUAUUCAAAUAUAAUGUUCAAAGAAAAAAUAUUUUGGUUUGUAUUCCUGUCUGCUUGGUCCUUGGCAAAAGAAAUGUAUGGAGGAAACUUAAAAGAAGAUUGUGUUAAUGAAUACUAUGUCAAUAACUCCAAGCAGCCCCAUUCCUUAAACUAAGCUCAGUAACGUUAACGUUGUCAGGCUUAGGCAAGGGUUUAUUUUUUAUUGCUACUGUGGACCUUGUGAAAACCUUCUUAAGGUGUUGGCCAGCCCCUAAAUGCCUUUCUAUGUCAAGCUCAAUUCAUUGUCCUUCUUUAAUUAUUACAUGUAUAUUUAACCAUGUUUUUCAAAAAUAUUUAUGUUACUUUUAGGCAUACAGGCGCAUUAGAACGAGCCAACUCUCUGUCAUUGAUGUAUGCCAGCAAGAGAAUUUCCUACAUGUAAGUAACGACACUUCAUAGUUUUAAAAGUUCAUAGUAUUUAUAAAUUAUUAUCUCUAGCCUAUAGAGAAGCUCAAAUUGUUGUAUACUUCAAAAAUUUGCCCUGUGUGAACAAAGAUCUCAUGGAACACUGUCUAUUUUGAUCAAUUGUUCUUUUUAGGAAGAAAGUCUACAAACAAGAAAACAACUAGCUGCCAUUGACUGGAACUAUCACCUCGAUAUUCCUGAACAAGAAGAUGUGCUAGGCGAGGUUGCUGUGACCCAGAAGUACAACCAAAGAACAAAGAGUUGGAAUGUGAAAAUUGUAAAGCAGGCCAAAGACUAUGGUUAUAUUUGGAUGCUUCUGGCUAAAGUGUUUCAUCUACGUGUGGAGGAUAAUGAAAAUAUGCAGAGGGCGGUCCCAAUGGAAGCUGAUGACCCAAGGAGGAUAGCCCCUUCAAUUGCUGUGGUGCCACCCCCACCUUCACGCGAGCUCUUUAUUCAGCCCAGCAGCAGGUUUAAGAAAAACUAGGAAACCUGAUGUAAAAUAUGUAAUAAAUAUGGAACCUUUAUGUAUUCAUGUGCAGUGUAAGAAAAUAUUCAUCAACGAAGGACUGUCAUGUAUGAUGCACAAUAAGCAACCGUGGUGUUUUUGACAAUAAAUUGACAAUAAAUAUAACCUAUGAGAAUUGUUUAAUAAUUUUAAUGCACAAUAUGUGAAACUAAAUAAUGCAAAAGUUAACCGAAGACAAAGGAUUGGUUAGUAAAUGUAAAUACCGGAGUAGAUUGGUCCUUAUUGAACUAGCCGUUGGAAUCCGUUUUUGUGAGUCUAAUUAUCCAUAUUAUUAAAUUUGCUCGCACUGCCACAAUACAAAUAGAGCUGUAAUGCUAUUGUUUUCAUGGGGCGAUAUUCACAGGGGUACUCAAUCCAGGACAAUUUUUUUUUGAGGGGGGGUGGGGUUGGGGGUAUGGCAUGAGGUUGAACAAACCAACUGCAAUUAAAAAUUCCUUGUAGAAACCUAUCAAAAAGUUAUUUCCAUUUUAGCGAGGUUUGAACCCCAUGUACACCCCAGUUGAGGAAGGGUAGUGCUCUCGAAUUUUCCAUACACAGCAUGAAGGGCAUACCCUUCUUUUGUGUUUUCCAAGGUAGCCAUAUUCUUCAAUUAUAUAAUGACGAUAGGCAGCCUUUCGGAAGGCUCUGCUGCUAUUAUCUUGACGGUCGUUUCUGAUAUCCCCUGAACACUUUAUACUUAAUUGUAAAUAAUCAGGGUCCAGGCAUAGCUUGCGAAAACGUGCACUAAGUGAGACACAGUCUCAAGAAUUACAGCACUGGUUCUCAACCUCCUGCGACAUUCUGCGGCAAUGUCAACAUUUGCACCACUCAGGCACUGGUUCACUUGACCUUGCCAUAGAUGCUGUUGGCGGUGGCCUGAAAGAUGAGGGCCCACCUGAAGCUGAUGUUCCAGAUAUGCUCGAGUCUGAGGCUGGGGUGAAUGCAGGUGUAGAUUGGGCAGGGUUCAGUGGUGCUGGACUUGACACUUCAGGGGGGGGGAUAGAGAAAGGGAAGACGGUAGAGCGGCAUCGUCAUUCUCAUCUUCUGGGUCCUCCUGGAUAAGAAACAUAUCUAUAUAGUCCAUGCUGCCCACUCCCCUCUGUAGAGCUCUUGUAGCAAGUUUUUUUUGCUAGCUCCUCAUCCAGGGUUUGGAUAAACUCCUGUGAGGUUGAAAAAUAGUGCAAUAAUUUGUUAGAGUAGCUGGACAAUUACUUUUUAUCACAUUCUGUCGAAGCUUGACACGUAGAUUUUUUUAAGAGCGUAAUCGACGAGAAAAUAACUAGUAAAAAGGGGACUUCCCUAAGAAAUCUUGCACACUUCAGAACAUGACACACAAACGAGACACUAAAACAAAAGACAAUUUGCUCCAUUUAGGGGAAGCAACAAUCAACAACUUGUACAAGGGAAACUUACUAGGUAAAGGAAUAGCAGAUGAGAUUUUUAAAGGACUAUCUUUUGUGCCAUCGACUAUGAAUUAUAAUUCAGUAUUGUACCUUCACUCGUCGAUUUUCCAUGUCCCGUUCUUGCUCCUCCGUAAGACCAUUAUCUGGUUGGCCUGGCGGUCCUUGCACGAAUCCCCAUCCUUGGGAUGCCACGGAUGCAGCCUUCACAUGAUAAAAAAGAAAUCGCAAACUGUACUAGUACUUCCUACUAGCGAAUUUUAGACCUCAACCGAGCUUUGUUUCCCCACCUCUCUGUUCUUGCAAGGCUUUCGUUGACUGCACGAACAAGCCUCUCCGCAGUAGCGACCGGCUGUUUUGCAAGGACAUCCAGUCCUUUUUCUUCCUGCUUUCGUAGAGCAAGUGCUUGUACACUGGCAAGAGUUAGGGACGUUGUCCUGCGCAAACGGGAAGGAAAUAAUGUUGACUAGAUUUCGCGCAAUCGAGUGGAAUAAACUGCGGUAUUCAGAAGUCCAGGAAGAGUAGAGCGCGAGUCGCUGACUACAAAAGCGGCAAGAAAGUUGUGGCUAAAUUAAUACACGGAUACAUACCGCAAAAGAGCGACUUUGUUCCGAAGAAAGGCUCAUUUCUGUAAAAGGUUCUAACGACAAUAAGGAAUCUCGAUGAAGGUUUCGCAGCGCGAGUCGGCUUUUCGCAUGGGCUCAUAUAAACAUGGCCUUGUUUACAUCAUUUGCAUCUGUCAAAUGCAAGCAUGCGCAGUAGCCGUGACACAGCCCCUUUAAGCUAUGUUACUUUCCUUUUGCUGUAGCGAUUAUUUUUUUCAGGUUUUGUUUAUGUCACGUACUACCGUAUUUUACAAAGCGAAACCAAAGGCCCACAUCACAUACAUAGCUUAAAAAGUAGUUGCUUCAUAAAGAAGUCAGCAUUCAACGUCGCAGGAAACCUUGUUAUGGUCGUGAAAUUCACGUUCCAAAGCGUAUUUGGUAACUCUCGUCGAAAUCCAAGACAUUUCAGCUCGCGAGGUCGCGAGGAGUCACUCGAGCUGUAUUCUAUCCUUUGAUCUGAUUGGCCAACAUCAAAACAAAAGGUUUUACGUCACGGAAAUCGUUUUGCCGUGCGGGUUCGCAGACGGUAUUUUUCGGAGGGAGAGAAGCGACGACCGGAAAUGCGUCCGCUGUUCGCAAGCUAGCUAGUUUAUAGUCCACACUUAUAGCAAACGCUGAGUUUUCGAGUAGUAUCGUCUAUUUGAAGGAUUUGUUAAACUUAAUUGUAGUUCUUUGAAGUAGGCAUGUUCGCGGAUUAUAGCUCAAGUUCCUAUUUUGAAUGCUUUGCCCCACCGAGCAGUUUUGCCGCUAGCAUUUUUCACUAGUUCUGUGGUUCUUAUCAAUGACGACAGUGUAGCAGUUCUGUUCCCCGCAAGUUAAGCCACAGGAUAUGCAAUGAAAAAUUCUCAUGGUUUGCUAACCCAAACACGUAUACAAUUUGGUUGUUUAAGUCGCUGGUGAUGGGCUUGUUAGUGGGAGUUGAAGUUGAAGACGUUCAGUAGAAGUCAGAAGCAGUUUCUGCAAAAGGAAUAAAAAGCUGUGGAAGAAUAUAGAGUCUCGGCUUGGUAUACCUCUCGUUAAUUGGCUUAGUGAGGAUUCCAGUCCCAUACGACUCCCAACACAAGGCUAGAAACCCACAAAAGACCAUUGUCUUCUCCUUGAAAUGCCUCUAAAUCGUUACUAACCUUAAAGAAUGCAUGAGUACACAUAUAAGCAUAAUUUUUGACAAUUAUUCCUCGAGCCCGAAUGGGCUCUGAGUCAAUAGCCCAUGAGGCCGAAGGCCAACUAGUUGGUCAAAAAUAUCAAGACAAAACAACUUUAGCUAGCAAAACGCGAUUCAGUCGCCAUUGUUUUGGUUUUCAAAGCCGGUGCUUUUCGCUACUGGUGGGCUAUAACAUAUAGCCUAGUAGUAGCUCAACCAAUCAGAACGCGGCAUUGAUAAUAGACUACUUGUUGGAUUUUACUAAAUGGGAAUACACAGGACAACCAAUUGCCUUGAGAACAUCAUGUAACCCUCAUUCCGAAAACAAACGAGAUAAAGAUUAUAUUUGUCCAGGGGUGCACUAAGCUAGACCACAUUGUUUACAAAAACGCCAACAAGAGCACCUUAGUGCAUUCUAAUGAUAUCCUUCUUUCUCACAAUCGGCUAGAGCUAUGCUAACUCUCAAAAAUUCAUCCCAAAAAACAUUCAACUUACAUACGAACAUACAUUCGCCGAGCGUAGACCUCGCUAUAACGACACCCCCAUAAAAACGGGCAGCAGCUUCAUUCCCCGAAAAAAAUACUACUGACUUUGGACCUAACAAACUCCUGUUAUUACGCAUAAUCGCUAUUACGGGCUUACAGGCACUCUUUUCGGUCCGAACGGCAAAAUUCGAUUCUCUUAAAUGUCUUUGGAAUGGACACCAAGCGCCAUCUGUAAACUUUUACACACCGAUGAAAAAUGUAUUUUUCCAUGCUUUAUCAUGAUCACUAAAAAUCACUAUUCGUCUUUUUGGUUGGCCGAUGUAAGACGCUUCUGUAGCGCAUCAGAUUCAAUCAGAAUUCUUUCCUCAAGAAGUCGUUGGUACCAAUUUUGUGGACCAGUGCUUUGUCUUGCGAGUGACAAUUUCUUUUUUUUGUUUUUCGCGCGAAUGAGGUUGACGUGUUCGUUGUAGUCUCAAAAUUAAGGCCUAUUGCUAAGCAUAAUUGAUGUGAAGUCGCAAAAGUUCACUGUUUAUGUCAGUAUUCAAUAUUUACUAGGAUGUUUACCGCGAAACGGGGUUGAAGUAUUUUCUCCCCCCUGUUCUUUAUGAUCUGGUCCAACCAGCUUCUGCAGUCAAUAACUAUAAUACCAGGUAUGCCACUAAUCAAAACUUGUACAGACCAUCCUCCAGAACUAAUUAUGGCCUUGCAAGUUUUAGUGUAGUGGCUUCACAAACCUGGGAAACAAUACCUUUUGAAGUUAAAUGCCUCCCUUGUGAUUCUUUUAAAAGAGAUUAUAAACUCUUACUGCAGUUAGUGAAUAACAUUCAUCUAGUCAUCUACCUUUGCUACCUUUCUAAUUAAUUAAUUUGUUAAGUUUUUAUAUAUCAACUUUUAAAUUUUCAACAUCUUUCUAUACUCUCUCCCUGUAAUAAUAGAUAAGUAAAUUGUACGAGCUCUGAGACUAGUUUUGCAGGUGAAACCGUCUUCCAUUAGUAACUGCACCGUGGUAAUAGCCAACUCGAAAGCUUUGCUCCUCUGGCCACUACACCCUUUCCCAAUGUAAUAUUUAGUGUAACAUGUAUACUAGCUCUGAUGUCCCUCUUUCGUUAGUUCCUAUUAUUAUUGUACCUGUGUACUUUUUUUUUUUGAAUAAGUGUAAAUAAACUGAACUUGAACUUGAACUUGAACAUUAGCAAUUUAUCGCCUUGUAACCGUAAAAUGAAAUUGAUCAAGACCUAGAGAGAGCCCAACCCAAGGGGAGCUUUGGGGUAAAGGUCUAAAGACUUGUCUCCUUUAUUUCUUUUACAUGAAAGUAGAAAUUAUAUUAACAACGUACAGUUGUGUAAGUAUGUAAACAAAUUUGUGUGAAGUUAUUGUGCAUUAUAAGUAUUUUGUAAAAAAAAUUUAAAAAAAUCUGUAACUUUCUUCUUGUUGAUUUUCAGGCGUUGUAAGUGCUUUUGUCCGACUUCUUAUUUCUUUGCAUACCCAAGAUUUAAGCAAUGAACAGCAAGAAAUAAUAGUUAAAGAUUUAGAACAUCGGGUGCAUGUGUACCAAAAAUACCAUGACGUUUCGACACCUGAUAGUAUAAGAGCCUUUACUGAAUACUUGAAAAAGGCUUUCAAUGUGGCCAUAUUGAUGGUGGAAUCUGGAUCGUUGAUAAUAACAGUGCAAUGCCCCAACCUAGAGAGUCUUGAAAGUCUGUGGAAUGACUAUCAAUCUGGUCACCUUAAUGACAUCGCUGAGACGUUCCUGGUGACUGAUGAACUAAAGAGAAAACUCGGGAUGGACAAUAUCAGGUUGAAGACAACUAUAGAAGAAGAAAACUAUUUGAUUUGUAAGAUGGCUUUCAUGGAAAUUUCAGGUGAGCUGGGCGAUCUUAAAGCCUAA